GCUUAGGCUUAGGCUUAGGCUUAGGCUUAGGCUUAGGCUUAGGCUUAGGCUUAGGCUUAGGCUUAGGCUUAGGCUUAGGCUUAGGCUUAGGCUUAGGCUUAGGCUUAGGCUUAGGCUUAGGCUUAGGCUUAGGCUUAGGCUUAGGCUUAGGCUUAGGCUUAGGCUUAGGCUUAGGCUUAGGCUUAGGCUUAGGCUUAGGCUUAGGCUUAGGCUUAGGCUUAGGCUUAGGCUUAGGCUUAGGCUUAGGCUUAGGCUUAGGCUUAGGCUUAGGCUUAGGCUUAGGCUUAGGCUUAGGCUUAGGCUUAGGCUUAGGCUUAGGCUUAGGCUUAGGCUUAGGCUUAGGCUUAGGCUUAGGCUUAGGCUUAGGCUUAGGCUUAGGCUUAGGCUUAGGCUUAGGCUUAGGCUUAGGCUUAGGCUUAGGCUUAGGCUUAGGCUUAGGCUUAGGCUUAGGCUUAGGCUUAGGCUUAGGCUUAGGCUUAGGCUUAGGCUUAGGCUUAGGCUUAGGCUUAGGCUUAGGCUUAGGCUUAGGCUUAGGCUUAGGCUUAGGCUUAGGCUUAGGCUUAGGCUUAGGCUUAGGCUUAGGCUUAGGCUUAGGCUUAGGCUUAGGCUUAGGCUUAGGCUUAGGCUUAGGCUUAGGCUUAGGCUUAGGCUUAGGCUUAGGCUUAGGCUUAGGCUUAGGCUUAGGCUUAGGCUUAGGCUUAGGCUUAGGCUUAGGCUUAGGCUUAGGCUUAGGCUUAGGCUUAGGCUUAGGCUUAGGCUUAGGCUUAGGCUUAGGCUUAGGCUUAGGCUUAGGCUUAGGCUUAGGCUUAGGCUUAGGCUUAGGCUUAGGCUUAGGCUUAGGCUUAGGCUUAGGCUUAGGCUUAGGCUUAGGCUUAGGCUUAGGCUUAGGCUUAGGCUUAGGCUUAGGCUUAGGCUUAGGCUUAGGCUUAGGCUUAGGCUUAGGCUUAGGCUUAGGCUUAGGCUUAGGCUUAGGCUUAGGCUUAGGCUUAGGCUUAGGCUUAGGCUUAGGCUUAGGCUUAGGCUUAGGCUUAGGCUUAGGCUUAGGCUUAGGCUUAGGCUUAGGCUUAGGCUUAGGCUUAGGCUUAGGCUUAGGCUUAGCUUAG